ACACAAAUUAUAGGAACACUUGGAUACAUGCCUCCCGAAUUCAUAGAAAGAGGCAAAAUCACACCAAAAUUUGACAUAUUCAGUUUGGGUGUUAUAAUUAUAAAAAUAAUAGCUGGGCCUGAUGGUUACUCCAAAUUUGCAGAUAUGUCUUCUGAAGAAUUUGAUAAGCUGCUGCACCAAAACUGGGCAAAGAGGUUGCAUGAAACGAUGCCGUCCGGUACAUUGCAGGAAAUGAAGACAUGCAUGGACAUUGCAUCAAGAUGUGUGGAGAGGGAUGAAGAGAAAAGGCCAUGCAUAAGCGAGAUUAUCAAUGAACUGAAUAAGAUUGACAGUGGCAUUAUUAACGAACCAAAUCAGAAUUACAGUGACAUUCUGGAUAAACAAGACAAGCUUGAUGGUCACCUUGUCGAUGAAGUGGAUAAGAUCGGUGGUGACAUUGCGGCCAAGAUUGAGGCGAACAUUAUCAACGAACAAGAUAAGGUUAGUACUGCCAAAACUUCAACCAUGUUCAAGGUAAUUUUGGUGACAGCGUUCAUAUGGGCAAUUUCUUUUCACCUAUAA